AUGCAACUACAAUUUGCCAGACUCGCAAUAGCACCUCAUCUUGCUCCUACGUUGCAAGAACAAACUGCUGACUUGGAGACUCAUCCGUCGUACCUCACCCACAGUGAGAAGAAGAUUGAUCAAAUUGAAAGCCGCUUGGGCAAUAUCGAGGUACUCCUCAAGAAUAUCGCCAAUCCAGCUGCACCUAUCCAGUUUCACGGUGACCCGACGGCCGCAGGCAACACACCACAAACCGGUAGCAGUAGUAUCCCAACUGCUGCCUCAACUGGCGACUUUGACAGCAGCGACGAUGAAUCCGCCUACGGUGGUGAUACGGGCUUGAUUGCCCAUACCACCUUUGCCAGCGAGUUCCUCGAGAGUGCCGUCAAGAGAACAUCCCUCCGCGAAGUAAAUCCCAAGAUGGCUGCCGGCUUGAAUAACCUUAGCCAAUUGGUUGAGAUGCAAAAACGUCGAUCAAUAAGUCACGGUCCCCGGUUUCCUCUCCAGAAGCCUGUGCCACCAGGUGGCAUCUCAAAGCUCCCUAUGCCGCCCAUGCAGGCAGUUGUGAGUCUUUUAAAGCACGCCAAAGGUACCAUCCCUUUUUUUUUGGUUCUUUUCUCACCCCGUAUACUUCAAGCGAGGCAAACUAACACUCCACAAGCUGCUCCGCCAACCCUGUUCACCAUCAUGUGUUCGCUCGUCGGGCUGCCAGACUUUACCGGGCUGUGUCGCAGAGUGUAUUUUGCAACGGAGGAGUUUUCUGACGCCACAUUCAUAAUUGUAAAUGCCAUGCUCUAUAACCUUUUCAUGGAGCAAAACUCACUUGCUACCGACCCCAUGGCACGGGACGAGUACCACGCAUAUAUGAGUCAGAGUCAAGCCAACCUUGAGACUGCUCUCGCGAAUACACACCUAUUCCUGGCAACAAGAGUCGAAAAUGUUCAAGCAUUACUACUAGGCGCUCUCUAUGCUGUGGAUGUAUCCCGCCCUUCAGUCGCGUGGCAUUUAUCCUGCAUGGCGGCUCAGCUCUGCCAGACUGGUGGAUUUCAUCGCUCGGAAUCGCUCAAAUUCGACCCGCCAGCAACAGCCAAGUUAAAGCGGAUACUCUUUUGGCAUGUGUACACUCUUGACAAAGGUCUAGGCCUCAGGCUUGGUCGAGCCCCAGUCAUACAUGAGUGCGACAUUGAUAUCCCGCGUGUAUUCGAGUUUGAUGGUCUGGGGCAGGAAGACUCGUCAACGAUUCCGACGCUCUGGAUCAAGAUGAGCUAUCUGCAAAGUCGAAUCUACGAGCAGUUAUAUAGCCCGAGCGCCCUGAAAAGCCCACCGGCAGAUCUCGUUGAACGAGCAAGAGCCCUGGCCAGCGAGUGCCGAAAAUUCGAAGUCGAGGCCGACAAGGCCCGUAACGAGACGUACGCCUACCUCAAGGCAGUCAAUUCAUCUGAUCUGGUGGACGUGUUCUUGCGAGGCGACGAGGUUCAGUUCCAGGUCACCUUGACACUGGUAUACCGCGUCAUCCCCGCGCCUGAAGGCUCAGUCAGUCGCUUUUGCGACGAGUGCCUGGCCACGGCUCGAAAAGCCAUGAAGGUGCACCAAGAGUGCACCAAGAGGUCUACGAUAGGCGGCUAUUUCAGAUCAAUUUACAUCCACUGGAACCUUCUCCUUACCCCAUUCGCGCCAUUCUUUGUCCUCUUUUGUUACGUCAUCGAAACCGGCUCCCUGGAUGACCUCCGAUUACUCCAGGAAUUCGUCGACUCUCUGGACGAAGCAAGAGACGCCUCGGAGACGAUUGAGAAGCUCUAUCGUCUAUGCCAAGUCAUGUGCGACGUGGCCGGCCUCUACGUGGAAGCCAAGUCCCAACAGCAGCAGGACCAGACCAUGGUCCCCAUCGGCGACGAGUUCGAAAUGUACCUCAGCCAGCUGGGCUUUAUGCCCACCGAGGACCAGACCAUGGGAAAUACCAACGCGGCCGGCGGUCCACCGCCACUCAGUGGUCAGGCCGCGCAGAUAGCGGACUGGUUCUCCGGGAACCGCAAUAUGAUGGGCCUCUUGGAGGAAGAUCUAUCGCAUAUCGAUUCAUAUCGGUGGAUGCAGCAGCAGCAACAGCAGCAAGCGGCACAGCCGCAGCAGAUAGUAUCUCCGCAGGUACCUCUGGCACAACAAACCUCUCCCAUGUAA